UGUUGUUUGAUGAUUAUUUAGCAAGUUUGUUACAUGCAGCAGCAGCAUAUUAGCAACGGCUGCCGCCAGUUUGAAAAGUCUUAGUAACUUUUUUUUUUUUGAUUUUUUAAUGCGACACAACAAAUAAAAAGUGAAACUUUUUUCUUCAAAAAAAGUGCUACCAACCAAUAGCACUUAAUGAAGUUAUAAAAAAAAAAAUCAAAAACAAACCGUUAAGGAUAACAAAAAAUCUUAAAAAAAUUAUAAAUACUUAAAGCAAUAAAUUCAACUUUAACUUUAUUUCUUGGUUAUUUUUCUUAACAAUAACCCUUAAUUGGAUUUAAUUUUUGCCAUUUAUAUAGUUUAUGAUCCCCUGACAGCAAUGAUUACCGAUCGCAACAAAUUGAAUUUUGUUACGAUACAAUGGUUGUGGUUUUUAUGUCUCAUAUUGGUUGCAUUUAGUAGCGGCAACACAUGGAUACAUUAUGCCCAGGCCACACAAUCGCAGACGCCACAACAACAACAACAACAGCAGCAGCAAUUGCAAUCAACUUUACAACUGCAGCAACAACAACAACAACAAGAAGUAGUAGCAGUAGAGAGCAAUGGACCAACAACAACAGCAGCAGUACAACAAAAACAACAAGAUGUAACAGUGCGCAACUUUUCGCCACGCAUGGACUACAACAACAAUGAAUGGCGUCCAGUAGGACGUGGAGAUCCCUUGAAAAAUGAUCCUACAUUUGAUUAUAGUCCUCCCACCCUGGAUCGUGUUAGAUACUGGGCUGAUUCGGAUAAGGAAAAAGACAAAACGGAAGAGGUAUCAGCAGCCUUAGUAGAUGCAAAGCUAAAAAAGGCAAAUCCGGGUAAAAACGAAAUCUUAUUAUUGGGUGUUACAGGCGAUAGAAUGCGUGGUGGGGCACCGGUGCAGCAACAUGUACCGCAUGUGUUAAAGAAUGCUAAGGGUGAAACGCCAUUGUUACAACCAAAAUACACUUCGAUAAGACGCUCAUAUUAUGCUCAUCAAUUGCCCACCCAUUUGAUGCCACCACCCAUGCAACCAAUGCAACCAGCUACACAGCAAAAUCAGUUACCAUCAUCUUCUCAAAUGCAGCAACAUCAAUCGCAACAACAGCAGUCACAAUCUGCGGCACAGUCACAUUCCCAGCAUCAUCAAGUAUCAGCAAUGCAUAUGGUAAAACCAGCUCAUUCGGAAUAUCGUCAUAAUAUGCCGGGACAUUCUUAUAUGACCUCAUCUCCCAUGAGCUCUAUGAGUGUUCAUUCAAAACCCUAUUAUAUGUCUACUGCCACACAACCUUGGAUGCAUACCACUAGUUCAGCUUCCAAGGGUGGGGCAUCCACUUCGUCUUCUUCCGGCCAUUCUCCCUUAAUGAUGUCUGGCAAUUCUCAUCGUUAUUCACAUCCCCAGACACAUGAUUCUCACCAUCAAGAGUCUGUCAACUAUGUAACCUAUCACACUCGCCCUAGUCUAACGAGUACACCCUCCAUUAUGUUGGGCAUGAAUAUUGCCAGCAUGGGACAUCAUGAAAUCUAUUCUCCCAAUUCGAUUAGAGGUGCCUCUAGUGGUCAUCAUAAAUCAACGUUGUCUAGCUCUAGGAAACCUUGGAUACACGAUUUAUUACAAAAAGAAUUCAUCAAACCCGUAAAACCUACACAGAACCCCAAUUCAUAUCAUGUGGAAACUAUUAAAUCUUCACAUAUGGAGCCACAGCAGCAUUUCGAACCGGUUAUGCGACCACAAGGUAUUAGCACUACCUAUGCUCCAGUAACAUUUGUAACACCUACUAUGCCUAGCACCACUAGCACUACCCAAACUGUUUAUAUAACCAGUACUACCCAAAAACAAACUACUACAACUACACCUCCCUCUCCCAUGUACAGUUCAACUCCAUCAACGUAUACAACUACCCAUGCUCCCCGUACUACUACCACUUUAAGUCCAACCAGAUUAUUAAUACCGAACACCAGUAAUUUAGCUUAUCGUCCAACUGUGGCACCCGUUAAAAUGACUACCGACUCAUUGUUCUCGCAUUACAAUCAACCGGAGAAACCACUACGCGGACCCAUGUAUUUGAUUAUUGAGGGUCAUUCGAAGGUCAAAACUUAUGGUAAAGAUGAAUUAGAUCCUCAUAAACCGAAAAUUGUACCCGUUAUACCGAAACGUGAACCAGUGGUAAGAAAGGCUGAUCCCAAUGAAAAGCGGGGUACACCAGAAACUUUCCAAGUUAAACAUUUGCAUACAAAAACCACGAAGCCUAUGGAGACAUCAGCUACAAAACCAACAACCACAAAACCAGCAGUAACAAAAGCUACAACUGCAAAACCUGCCGCCACAAAAGCUACCACUGCAAAACCAUCGGCUACAAAAGCUACAACUGCUAAAGCAGCCGUUGCGAAAGCUACAACCACAAAACCACCUACCGCCACAAAAACUACCACCAAGCAACCUGCAAUGAAAACUACUACCACUACUACCGUAAAGCCUAAAACUACCGUCAAAACCACAACAACUACAAAACCAACACCUAAGAAAGUAAUAACAUCUACAACAACCACAACUACCAAACCUACAACAACCAAACCUGCUCCCAAAAUAAGCCUUACAACUACGGCCAUCCCAGCAAAACCUAAAUUUGAAAAAAUCGACAGCAAAGAAGUCAAAAAUUCCGCUAAGAACGAGUUAAAAAUGUCUGCCAAACUUACAAAUCCCAAUGCUUUAGAAGCUCCACAAAAACCCAGUCAAACCUUAAUUAACGAACCUCCCACGGGUAUGCAAGGACUUUUAAGCUUUUUAGACUCUUCUCUUGAUAGCAUUUUUAAAGAAGAACCCAUAGCUGAUAACGCUCCUAAAAUGGAAAUUAAGGAUAGCACAACCAAACUAAAGCCUAUAGCAAUGAAACCCAGCAGUCCUCAACAAAUCGAGGCCAGAGUUAGCACAAAAUUGGAAGCGAUAAAAGCAGAAGACUAUGAGGAUUAUGUAGAUGAUAACUAUUUCCAAAUGACUACCGAGUAUAUACCACGUGAAACUCGACAAGUUUUUGACUACGAUCAAUUACCCGAAUCGAGAAUAAACCUUAAAGAUGAUGCCAAUUUCGGAGAUUUCUUAGAACAAAUUGAUGAUGAAGAUGAUUUGUCGACUUUUAAUUUCGAUGAUGAAUACGAAGAUGAAGAUGAGGAGGAAGUUGAGGGUCAAAAGCCUACAGCUGUAAAUUCCUCCAAUAAACCGCACAAUCUCAUAAAACGUAUUGAUUCCCUAGUUAGCAGCAGUGUAGAAGAUGACUUUGAUGAUCUUUCCUCUUUAGUUGAUGGCGAUGAUGAAGACGCUUUAUCCGAUUUGGCUAGAAAUCAACCACGACAACAACAACAACCCCAGGCUAAAAAAGCGUAACACUAAACUUGUAAAAUUUUUGGCGAAAACGAAAACAACUAUUUUUAGUUUUAUUUUUAAAGUUAAUAAUCUAUAGUUUAAAAGUAUUUUUUUAUACUGUUCUAUACCAAAUCUUAAAAUAUCUUUGAAAUCUUUUUUAUUUCUUUUUGCACAAGUUGUAGUAUUUUUUUUUUAUAAUUUAUUUUUUGUAUUGUUGUAAUUGUAUAUAAAACAGCUUUAUUUUGCAAGAGAAAUCAAGUAGUAACAGAUGCAGAAAAAUCCUCUGAAGAGUCGUUUAAAUUUAAGUUAAAAUACCAUCACGUUUAUUUUUGUGAUUGUUUAUUUAUUUUAGAAUUUAAGUGUAAAUUAUUGAAUAAAAAUUAUUUAUUAAAUAA